AUGGACAAGUCCACCUCACUUGGUUUGCCCAAAGGGCAAAGGGGUCCAGUGCGCUAUGGGCCGCGGCCGCGGGGGGCGCUGCGAGAACUGCUGUUAAAGCCCUGUCGCGGGCGCGCGCUCUCAGAGGGAUCCCGGCCGCUGCCGGCGCCGCUGUCUCCCGCUGCCGGGCCAAGCCUCGUCCGACGGCCCCGUCCGGGAUCCAGGCUUCACGAGUCGCUCUCGGCGCACUAUCCACCCGCCCCGGGCUCUGAACCUCGGACGUGCACCUGGGAGCGCGAAGGGGGGUCCAGGCCCGGCGGCGACAUGGGGAAAUUUCAGUCCAAGCACGCCGCAGCAGCCUGCAAGCGGAGAGAGAGCCCCGAAGGGGACAGCUUCGUGGUGUCUGCGUAUGCGAGCGGCCGCAAAGGCGCGGAAGAGACCGACCGGCGCGCAGGCGGUGGCGUGGAACAUCGCGCACGGGACAAGCAGGAGCUGCCCAAUGGGGACCCUAAGGAGGGGCCUUUCUGGGAAGACAAGGGCUCCCUAGAAGUUGUGCUGCCCCCUGAGAAAUCUGAGGGCCAUGAGGGUCAGGGGCAGCUCUUCAGCAUGGACGACGGGGAGAGGGCAGCAGGCCACGAGGGCCCACUAAGAGCCAGCAAGAAGCACUUGAACAUUGAUGCCCUCCAGUGUGAUGUCUCAGUGGAGGAAGACAACCGCCAAGAGUGGACUUUCACACUGUAUGACUUUGACAACAGUGGGAAAGUCACCAGAGAGGACAUGUCCAGUCUGAUGCACACCAUCUAUGAGGUUGUUGACGCCUCUGUCAAUCACUCCUCGGGCAGCAGCAAGACCCUCCGAGUGAAGCUAACAGUCAGCCCUGAGCCUUCCAGCAAGAGGAAGGAAUGUCCUCCCCCUGGCCAAGACCGGGAGUCCACUCGUGGCAGAACAGAGAGUGAGCUCACAGAGGACCCCCGAGUGGCUGACCGAAGGCUGUCUACCUACAGCAGGAAGCCCAAUGCUGAUUCCCAGACCUGCUCUAUGCGAGUACCCUACUGUGUGGAUGAGAACACAGAGCGCAGAAACCACUACCUAGACCUUGCUGGCAUCGAGAACUACACAUCUAAGUUUGGUCCUGGGUCACCACCUGAGCAGGCCAGGCAAGAACAUCAUGGCAGGGCCACACACAUUCCAAGCAGGUCCCGAUCACAGGAGUCGGACGCCCAUGCUAUACACCACCGCAGGUCCCAGGUCCUGGCUGACCAUGUCGUACCAACUAAUGAGCCUGCUGUCCGGGCCCUGGCUGCGCAGCCCCGGCUCAAGGGGCAGGAGAAGCAGUUCCUCAGGUCUCCCAAGGGCCCAGGAAAACCUCUUGGGGCACCAGGCAGCAGCAAACCAGGGAAAACGCUCAACUAUUGCCUGCAGGCCGUCCCACUGCCCCAGGGUGCUCAGGACGGCCACCACCUUCCGCAGCCCCCACCACAGCCCCCACCACAGCCCUAUGGUCACAAGCGGUACCGGCAGAAGGGCAGAGAAGGCCACUCACCACUCAAGGGACAUGGCCAGCCUACUAUGGUGGAGCAUGAAGUGGUACGGGACCUGCCUCCCAUGCUAGGGCCCGAGGGCUACAUGGUGCCUGUGAUCCAGAGGCAUGAACACCAUCACCACCAUGAGCACCACCACCACCACCACCACCACCACUUCCACCCAUCCUAGCACCCAAAUAAGUACUCUGCUCACAUGCCCUCGGGGACACAAAGCAGGUGCUGGCAUGUGCCCAGUACAGAGUACAGCAUUCCCUGGCCCAACACCCAGCUGCAGAUGUCAAGUGGACACCAGGGAGAUGGCACCAGGCUGGAUAUUCAUGGACAAAG